AUGUCCCUCCGUCUCGUCCUCCAGAGGAUCCUGUUCACCAUCCUGCUUCCUCUGUCCCUGACCUCCGCGAUCUCUCUAUACUUAUACCCCGUUCUGCAGGGAUGCGCAUUUCCCGUUCCAGCAACAAAUACUGCAAAUGACAGCGCGUCGCAAUGGGUGAGGAAUGGCGUGGUAAACACCCUUUUCCAGCAUGCCGCCGCUUGGAGCAGCUCCAUGCCAAUACUCCCUCAGUUCCCGCCCCAUAACAACUCUUCUGAGCCUGCCAUAUUCCGUCUUCUAGUCCUCGCUGAUCCUCAGAUUGAAGGCGACAGCUCCCUGCCAUCUCCAGAUGACGAGUUCGUUCCGCGCUUACGCCGGCAUUGGGCAACGUUACGGUCUAGCUCGUUCAAUACUCAAACCUUGAAAGAUGUUGCGCAUACAAUUGCUUUUGAAGAUUUCCCCUCGGCUUUCCGGGCUGCUCGAAAACGUCUGGAUCUACUGGGCAAUGAUUAUUACCUGGCGCAUAUCUACAGAACGCUGUCGUGGUGGAGUCGGCCGACGCACGUCACGGUGUUGGGCGACUUGAUCGGAAGUCAAUGGGUGAAUGAUGAGGAGUUUGAGAAUCGCGCAUGGAGGUACUGGAAUCGUGUGUUUCGCGAUGGUGAGAGGGUCAAUGAUGAUAUAACCAUAUCCCACGGCGAGGAUGAAAACCUGGAAACCCUGCAGCGAUACAAUUCUUCCUGGGCAAAUAGAAUCAUCAACAUUGCCGGAAACCACGAUAUCGGAUACGCUGGCGACGUAUCCAAGCGACGACUGGAGCGUUUCGAGCAAGCCUUUGGCCGUGCCAAUUGGGACAUCAGAUUUGUACAUCCUCCUCUCGAGGGCGGGAAACAAGAAGAAGACAGCAAUACCCAGACACGACCUACCCUCCACAUUAUAAAUUUGAAUGACUUGACUCUUGACGGCCCGCCGUUCGACCAAGACAUCCAAUCUGACAGCUACGCAUACAUCAACGAUAUUCUCAACCACAGAUCACACCCAGUCGAGGACCAGACCUCAUUCACUCUUCUUCUGACACAUGUACCUCUGCACAAGCGCGAAGGAGUCUGUGUCGACGGUCCCUACUUUACAUUUUUCGACCACGAUGACGGCACCAACAAUAACCCAGCCUCGCGGUUCCGAAAAGGCGGCCUUCGCGAACAGAAUCAUCUAAGUGAAUACGUCAGUACCAAUGCGAUUCUUGAGGGUAUUUUUGGCAUGAGUGCAGAUUCGCACUCGUCGCCGGCCAAUGGGCAGGGUCGCCGCGGCCUCAUUCUGACAGGACACGACCAUGAGGGCUGCGAUGUUAUCCAUUUCAUCAACCGCACCGAUGAUAGCGAUGCACUUGAUGCGAAACACUCUGAAUCAUAUCACUGGGAUGCCACGCGCUACCACCACCACCACUACCCUCCAACACCUAACCCUUCCAUCCGCGAAGUUACCAUGCGCUCAAUGAUGGGCCAAUACGACGGCAACGCAGCCCUGCUCUCGCUCUGGUUCGAUUCCGAUCCUGCGGUCAAUCAAUGGCAGUACGAAAUCCAGAUGUGUCCUGCAGGUGUUCAGCAUAUCUGGUGGGCUGUUCACGGGUUAGCGUUUGCGUGUCUGAUUGGAUUGGGGAUUGUGACAAUUCUGCGCGUUUUGGAGUUGGCUUUUUGGCCUUCGAGAGGAGGUGGUGGGAAGAGGAAUGAGGCUAGAAAGAGCUAG